AGCAGCGCGCGUACGUAGUCGGGGCGUCGCGACGCUUCGUGGUGAUCGCGUUAGUAUGAGAGCGUCGAGCGAGCACGAUAGAUCGGUCUCGGGAUCGUGGUCCCGGCACCCUCGAUGAGUCGCGAGAAUCAUUGUACAGCUGGACCACGCGUUGAGCAUCCCGCAAGGGAGAUCGAGCAUAAUAGAGACGUGUACGACGUAUAGCGAUUUUCCACGCAUAUCAAAAAAAAGAAUAUAAGAAAUAGAUAAAUGGAUUGAUAACGAAAUUUGUGAGGAGAAGUGCUUUCCUCGGAUAGUUCCUCCUCUAGAUUCUGGACGAUGCUCAAAUGUACUCUCGUGUAACAGACGCUCCACCGUGAAAGGCCCAUACAGUACAUUUCAUCUCAGGGAUCUUUCUGGGAACGUUCUAAGGAUAUUGGGACGUUCGUAGGAUGUCCUUCAGAACGUCCCUUAGAGAUCUGUGCUAUAUGGGGAAAAAUGACGAACGUGUUGCGAAUGGAACUGCGACGAAUUACAAGAGAGAAACAACCGUGUAGGUCUGAGUGCGCGUUUGUGAGUGUAUGUGAGAUUGGUUUUCAUAUUUUUCCGCGUGCGUGUCUUCGUUUUUCUCGCUUCGCGAAUCCCCCGAGGAUGCGCAAGCCUCAGUAGUAGUACCGGCCUAAAUCUCCUACGUAGGUAAUCAUAUUCGCGUAGGUAAGAAAUCCGCGCGGCAUCGCGACAUAGAUUCUAAGAACUUUAUUCUGUAUCAAUUCGAUAAAACUUGGUGAACCAUCGUCCCCGUCGCCUAAUAGAAGAAAUUGCCGCGAUUUUCCAACUCGGCGGACUCUUCAACAGGUGGCCGAAAUCGAUGUCGCACGUGUACAAAAGCGUACGAUCUUUUACGCGAGAGAAACGACCGUCGUUUCCCAGAAAGUUUGAAAGUUUUGUCGCCAUAUACAAACAUAUUAAUUGCUUGACUGUCGCCGCCAUUCGCUCCGAGUAUAACGUGAACGCCCGACAAUGAUGUGCAAUCGAUGUUUCUAUUAAUAUAUCGGCAAGCAUAUAAUAUUCACACACCGUAUAAAUAGUGAAAGAAAUUUGUAAUACAAAUGACUUUGGACAAUUGAGUAUUUCUCUGUUCUGAAUAGUCGAAAAGAACAGCGUAAAGGAUUAUCUCGACGGAAGUCGAGCAAGAGUUGCAAAGCUUGCAUACGCGUCGAGUAAUCGAUGCCCUCAAACAGUUGGUCCUGCAAGGAUACCGCCGCACGAAACUCAAGUUAAUCUCCUUAUCUGAGGUUAUAACUUGCUUAUCAGAAUCCUCCGACGCCGGAACGUCCGCCGCGCGGGAUAACAGCAGUGCUGUUAACAUUAAUGAGCGAGGAGCUCCAUGAGAAAUUAAUUCACUUCUCGUGAUUGACGAAGCAUACAUCGUUUGGAUUUUCUUCCGGAUAAUUCCCACCUCGUCGAAUUGCAUUACCGGAUCGACCUCCUCUCACAUCUCUCCCUCUCACAUUCGUUCUGAGAGAUGAGCCAUCAGCGAAUUCAUCCGCGUCAGCGUAUCAUUGACGCAUGAUCGAUUCGACGGGAUAGCACCAAAGAAAAAGAGAGAAAAAGGAGAAGAAGAAAGAAGAAGAGGAGGCGUGUAACACGAAUAAUUGAUCUAGCACUCUUCAAAAUGCAUCGUAAAUAAUGGUACAACGCAAAUAAUAUUAAUCACCAUGCAGAACUCAUCAGCGCGCAACUAUAGCUACGUGUCGGAGGACAUAACGUCGAACUUGUCGGUGCAAAUAAUAUUCUGCCUGUUCUACAUCAUUAUCUUCGUGCUGGGCAUAUUCGGUAACGUGCUGGUAGUCUUCGUCGUCGGACGAAACCGUCAGAUGCACACCGUCACCAAUCUCUUCAUCACAAAUCUCGCGCUCAGCGACGUGCUGCUAUGCGUACUGGCCGUGCCCUUUACCCCUCUGUACACCUUUUUGAGCGGUUGGAUCUUCGGUAAGACCCUCUGCCACCUGGUGCCCUACUCCCAGGGCGUCAGCGUGUACAUCAGUACGCUCACGCUGACAAGCAUAGCCGUCGAUCGAUUCCUAGUGAUUAUCUAUCCGUUCCAUCCGCGCAUGAAGAUUAAGAUGUGCUUAGCGAUCAUCGUAAGUAUUUGGGUGAUCGCGUUGUUACUUACUUUGCCAUAUGGGCUUUACAUGCAGUUAGAGGAGACGUAUAUCUCCUUCUGCGAGGAGAAUUGGCCCGGUGAGCCAUUUCGCAAGGUCUUCAGUUCGCUCACAUCGAUACUGCAGUUUGUCGUGCCGUUCUUUGUAAUCUCCUUUUGCUACAUAUGCGUGUCGAUUAAGCUGAACGAUCGGGCGCGUGCCAAACCCGGCACCAAGACCAGCAAGCGUGAAGAAGCGGAUCGCGAGAGGAAACGCCGGACUAAUCGGAUGCUGAUCGCCAUGGUUGCCAUAUUCGGUGUGUCCUGGUUGCCGCUCAAUAUUGUCAACGUCGUCGAUGAUUUCUAUUCGUACGCCAAUGACUGGUCCUACUACAGACUCUGCUUUUUCAUGUCGCACUGCAUCGCCAUGAGCAGCACCUGUUAUAAUCCGUUCCUCUACGCCUGGCUCAAUGACAACUUUCGCAAGGAAUUCAAGCAGGUCCUGCCGUGUUAUUCAAGAAACUCCAACAGUAACACUCCGAGAAUCAAGAAGAGUUGCAGAGGCGAGAAGAUUUGUAAUGGUAAUAACACCCUGCAAGAGACCCUAUUGCCCAGUAAUACGAAAACGCAGAAUCCCGAGGGAUGCGAGAUGAUCAUUCUGGAGCAGACGACGAAUAUCUCAAAGGAGUUAGAUCAGCCUACGAGUUCCUCAAAGGAUUUUGACGACGCAACUCUGUGAGAGAAAGAAAUUCCAGCUGUUAAGUCGGGAAUGCAUCAUCAUGUUGCUUCCAUCAUCGCGAUCGAAAAGCUGUCGCUCGGAUAAAUCAAAACGUAUAGAGAGGAUGCUGCAAGAACAACGCGUUUAUGGAUCCUAUAUAUACCUUAUGUGUGCUUGUAAAUUGUGAU